CGGAGGGCGGCUCCUCUCGAUGGUCUUAACCCUUCAAUUACUAGCGGGAGGCGCUGCGUUUCCAGGGCGGAGGAAACGAGGCGCCGCGUUGGCGCCUGGACGGCGGGAAGCGGCUCCGGAGCGAGAACGCGCGUGAGAGAGCCCGAGAGAGACAAAGAGCGAGCGAGCGCGCGGGAGAGACUGAGGGCGGGGGGUGGGAGAGAGACUUCCAGAGAGACAGAGCGAGAGGCCGAGACCGAGACUGUCCCUAGCACAGGCCAGGAUGUCUUGGGAUUCGAAUCCCUGAGUUGGGCCGGCCGGGAGCGGGGAUUUCGAAGGAAGCGGGUGAUUUUCCCCGUUGUCCAUAUCUCCCCGGUGUGGGAAUGGCGGUCGUGCACUCUGGGGGUGGCGUCAUUCUCUUUCCCUGCUUGGGGGUGGCCUUUUUCAGCGGAGAAAGAGGAUGCCGCGGGCAUUCGUAGCUGGCGGGACUACACUUGGGCUAGGAUCAGUGUUCAGCGGGUUCAGAAAUCACUGUGUCCUUGGCAUCACCUCCCUCCCCACCUCCUCUCCCACCGCACAGCAUGAGACAGAGACUGGAGGGUUUUCAAGGAGGACUGCAUUGCCCCUAUUGAAACAAACCGUCUAACAAACCCUUUCUCCGACGUGUGACAGAGGGACAGUCGUAAACGUGAAAUAUGACUAGACGUGCGUUUAAUGGGCGCUGUGAUUGCUGCAUUCUUGCGCAAGGAAUGGUCCAGGCCAUUUGUGUCCAGUAGCCACACAAGCUGCAGGGUCUCAUGUUUGGAGAAGGAGGGCCUCUCCGCCGUCCACCUUGCUGGAGUACAGGCGACCCUGGGCGGUAACCCUCUGAGCCAUCAGAAAUGUGGUGCUCUGAGUAGCCACAGAUUUCCAUCUGCAUCUCCGAUACCAUUUCCCUCUACUGACGUAUCCCUGUUGGGUGCGUUGGAUUUGUGCGUGGGUGUGAGGGUAGUUUGGUGUGUUUGCUCGCGAAAGGAAAAGCGAAUGGCCUUGCUGGCUGAGCUUAUCAGGGCACUAGCAGUGGAGAGAGAAAGGACUACUGUAUUCUUAGGAGCAGAAUCUCAACAACUCCCUGUAAAACGGGCAGUGUGUCUUAACCUGGAAUGCUUUGGCGUUUAAUAAAAUUUCCUGUGAAUACUUUUCACAGGGAAGCACUGUUUUUACUGUUUCUGGUUGGACAGUGGUUACAUUUCAAAUCGUAGUUCAGAAUUUGUGAAAUACCCAAAUUAAAUCUCUACAUGGCAGUAAUCCAUUUCCUUUCCUUAGUGUGUGGUUGGAAGAUUAAUUUGAGAUAAGUGUUCAGUUCUGGGCUGGGCAAUCGUGCCUGGCAGGGGAAACUUAGGUUCUUUAAGGGAAGGGCCUGAUGUGCUAAAAUGAAAUCUAUACCGUGUUUAGCCGCUUAUGAGAAUAUGAAACUAAGGAGAACCGCAGGUAAGUAUAUGUCAGUUAAUGCGAAUUAAAAUGGGUGACAAUAUAAAGAGAGAUUGGUGUCACAAAUAGUGAAGUGACUUGUAUUUCGGCAGACCUCACUGAGAAAUGGUCACUACCACUCCCUAGUUGUGUGACCUUGAGUGAGUUGCUUAACCUCUCUGAUCCUGUUACCUCAUCUGCAACUGGGGAUGAUAAUAUAUAUCAUAGCAUGCCCUGGGAGAAGCUGUUCCUGACCACCUGGGCUGUGGUGGUUUUGACUUCCUCUGUGUCAGAAGUACCCCCGUCUCAUGCCUGCCAUAGUUGUCUUUUUGUUUUGUUUUGUGAUUUCAGAUGGUCUCACCUGUCACCCAGGCUGGAUUGUACUGGCCUCAACCUCCUGAGUUCAAGUGAUCGUCCCACCUCAGCCUUCCUAGUAGCUGGGACCCCAGGUGAAAGGUGUAACAGUCACUCGGCCUACACCCACAGUAUCGACCUUGUGAACCCAGCGACCUGACUGCCUUGGUCUGGGUUCUGCCCACACACAUUCCUCGCUACCUUCUUCGUGUCUGAGAACCUCCAGCUUCACCUCCUUUUCGGGACCCAAGGGCCUGGCGGGGCUUCCAGCUGGGACCAGACCUCCAUGGAUCCACUCCAGAAACGGAAUCCAGCAUCACCUUCCAAAUCUUCCCUGAUGACAGCUGCAGAGACUUCCGAGGAAGAUCCAGCGUCCUCUCAGCCUUCUUACUCAGAACAGCCGAUGAUGGGGCUCAGUAACCUGAGCCCCGGUCCUGGCCCCAGCCAGGCCGUGCCUCUCCCAGAGGGGCUGCUCCACCAGCGGUACAGAGAGGAGAAGACGCUGGAAGAGCGGCAGUGGGAGAGGCUGGAGUUCCUUCAGAGGAAGAAAGCGUUCCUGCGGCACGUGAGGAGGAGACACCGCGAUCACAUGGCCCCCUAUGCUGUUGGGAGGGAAGCCAGAGUCUCCCCGUUAGGUGACCGAGGUCAGAAUCGAUUCCGAUGUGAAUGUCGAUACUGCCAGAGCCACAGGCCAAAUCUUUCUGGGAUCCCUGGGGAGAGUAACAGGGCCCCACAACCCUCCUCCUGGGAGACACUGGUGCAGGGCCUCAGUGGCUUGACCCUCAGCCUAGGCACCAGCCAGCCCGGGCCUCUGCCCGAAGCAGCACUCCAACCACAGGAGACAGAGAAGCGCCAGCGAGAGAGGCAGCAGGAGAGCAAAAUAAUGUUUCAGAGGCUGCUGAAGCAGUGGUUAGAGGAAAACUGAGACGUGCACCCACGUGGGAUGGAGACCCAAAGGGACUGCCGUGUUGGCAGCGCCUGGGUGUGGGCCCAUUUUGGGGACCAAACACCAAGCUGUGGUCGGAUGAGUGCCAGGACCUGUGUGCCAGGACACGUGGGAAUCCUCCCAGCAUGAUGCUUGACCGACCCCAGGAAGGUCCUCAUCUUUUGUGCCUGUCAUUCUUGGAUGGCUGUGAGGCCUUCCUUGGCAAGGGACCCUGCAUACCAGCGGUCCUCGCCGCAUCUCACGUGGCUCCCGUGAUGCAUGUUGUUGCUUUCCCACCCGGGAUCUCCAUCUCUCUUCCCUUCCUGCUGUCAGUAAGAGAUCACAUGUCUGUGUAGUGUGAAUGCCUUGUCGCUGUCCUGUGCUUUGGCACCAUUGAGUUGACUGCCUCUGAGAAGCAGCACUAGGCCUGUUGAAAUGCAGUGUGCUGCCCUGAGAUCCAGUUUCAAGAACGGGCAGCUAAACGCAGUGUGGGAAAGGGAUGUGGAAUGAGAACUUGGUGGUUCACCGCUGUACUGUUUGUGUAAUCAUUUAUGUAUGUGGUAAGCUACAUGUAUGUAAAUAUUGCAAUACCCCUAACAGCCGAGUAGUAUUCUCCCUUGCAGGAAUUUCUGACGGGGUUCCUCAUCAUGACUACCAAAUAAAUAUAUGUAGGAAUGGAAAA